CCUGGAAGAAAUAACACGACAGCCUGAACAUAAAGAUUGAGAGAAGUAAUGCCACCUGACCUAAUCAAUCUCUAUACAUCCAGCCUGAGUCAACCUCGCCAGUUAAAUUAGUUGAUGCGGGUGCUCUCAUCUCUCUUCUCCCGGCCGCUACAUAUACUCUUGGCUUUACUUUCCUGACCACCACGUCCUACCAGCACAAACAGAACAUAUCCUGAGCUCCUGCUAAAUAUCUUGGUCGAGUCGUUCGUUGGAGAGGCAGCGAGGUCGAUCACAUGGCGGAGGAAGCGAAGAUGGAGGUGGCGCCGCCCGCGCCAGAGCCGGCCAAGGACAUCGCCGAGGAGAAGGCCCUCGUCGUGGCGGAGGAUGGUGAGAAGCCUGCAGCUACAGACGGCUCACACGGAAGAGACGCUUUCCUCGAGAGGGUCGCGACAGAGAAGAGGAUUUCGCUGAUCAAGGCAUGGGAGGAGAACGAGAAGGCCAAGGCCGAGAACAAGACGGCAAAGUUGCUAGCGGACAUCACCUCGUGGGAGAACUCCAAGGCUGCGCAACUGGAAGCCGAGCACAAGAAGCUGCAAGAGCAGCUGGAGAGGAAGAAGGCGGAGUACGUGGAGAAGCUCAAGAACGCCACCGCGGCCGUGCACAAGGCGGCCGAGGAGAAGCGUGCGGCAGCGGAGGCGCGGCGCGGCGAGGAGAUCGUCGCGGCUGAGGAGGCUGCCGCAAAGUACCGCGCCAAGGGGGAGGCGCCCAAGAAGCUCUUCGCGUCCUUGAGCAGAGGAUAGCUGCCCGCGCUCCAUUCACAGCCUUGCAUCUUCUUCCGCUUCUCGGUGACAGUUGUAACAUUUGCUGGUUGAUGUAAUUUACUUGUGUAUUUAUGUGUUGUUUAUGUUGUCUUAGUUUUCUCUAUCAUGUUGUUGUGCAAUUUGUUAUUAUUUCUUUGGGUACUA